AUGGAUGAAUUACUCGCGAAAAGAAUUGCAUCUCUCUCACUCUGUCAAACGGAAUUCAUUCGUGACAACCAACAUCACUCGGAAUUAAAAAUUGCAUAUUUUAUUGGGAGUACACUAGAUGGAAAGGAUAUCAAGUGGAAGAAAUUUGUGGAAAAAUUAAAAGAUAAUUUUUCAAUCGUUCAAGUGACAGGAGAAAUGAUCAUCAAUAAUUGUCUCAUUGAUGAUGGAUUUGAUGUAUUAUUUAUGCCUGGUGGAUAUCCAUCAGAACAUUAUAAAUUAAUUGGUGAAGAGACAGGUAUGAAAAAAGUGAAGGAAUUCUUGUCACUUCCAAAAAAGGGUUAUGUGGGAUCAUGUGCAGGAGCUUAUUGUGCGCUUGCUCAGAGUUCGAUCGAUGGUUUUAAGAACCUUGAAGAGUUUGUUCCAAAAACACUAGAUUUACUAGAGGGAGUAAUUAUCAAAGAUCGAGAAAAUCAUAUUUGGAAACGAGGCUUUGGAACCAGUAAGGUGACACUCACUGAGCUAGGUCAGAAAAUAUUCAAUGAUUCCAGAUCGGAGGUCAAUAUGUUCUUUCGAAAUGGUCCAAUUCUUCAUGUCACCGAUCCUUCCACAUGUCAAGUUCUCGCCACUUAUUCGUGCGAAUUUAUGACUCAAAAAGAAAUUCAACAAGGAUACAUGAUGGGAAGUGCGGCGGCUGUGUGUGGAAGGUUUCAAAACGACAAGGGUAGAAUUUUAGUGUUUUCAGCACAUCCUGAAACCUCAGGUGAUGAUUUGAAUGCUCUGUUGGUGCAUUCGUUUCGACAUGUCGUGAGCGAAUAA